AAAGACAAGGAUGUAACCAACGGCGACUCAGACGUAAACGAAAGGACGAUUUCUUCCACAGCCGUCUAAUACUUUGGCCGUUAGGUAAAUUGCAUCAGCCAUCUUCAAAGCCUGGUUAAGGUAUUGUACUUUGGUUACAAUUAGGCAGUCUAAUGUUACUUUAUCGCCACUUACUCUUCUUAGUCUUAUUAUGCUAAAUCAACGCUCGCUGGCCUGUCUAACACUGUGAGAGUCGGAACUGGGAAAGAGAAACAGAAGCGAAAUUCUGCACAAUGGAUCGAGCUUCCGUAAGAUUUUGAGAUCGUAAGAAUAAUAAUUCGAGAAAACCAGACUCACAAAAAAAGAGGUUCUUAAUCACGUUGGUACAUUUCACAUUAGAUUCAGGCCUACACUCUGGAAUAAUCAGCUCUCAUUAAGUAUUUCUGUUCCAGAAAAGUUCUUCGAUAUUAUCAACAAGUAAAAACGAAAAAAUCACCCGUCUGCGAUUGGCGUAAACGACUUCGUUCAUUAUGGCUUAACCUCUGUUUUACUGUUGUAGUUGGUAGAUAGAUUUAAAAAAAAGGUUGAGUUUGAUCGUCUGGGUGAACGUAGUCCUGAAUAGGACUGUUGUUGUUGACAGUGACUGACAUUUCGACAACCUGUGCGGUAGUCAGUAGAUGACUACCGCACAGGUUGUCGAAACGUCAGUCACUGUCAACAACAACAGUCCUAUUCAGGACUACGUUCACCCGGAAGAUCAAACUCAACCUUUUGAAAUGACUCCUGGGUUCAAACCUUUCACAGAUAGAUUUAAGCUACACACAGUUCUUUCAGGAUUUAGAAUGUUUAACGGUAUAAAAGCUUGCUGAAUUAUUUAUUGUCUUUAUACAGCAAUUUCAAGCGUCGAAUCAUAAUUCUUUAGUUUCACAUACUACAGUGUUAUAGGAGGUUUUGAAAAGUUGAUUCGCCGGCGAUAAGUACGCUUUGUACGGAACUGGGCAAGAGAAACGAGGAGAAAUUCUGUACAAUGGAAUUUCCGUAAGAUUUUGAGAUCGUAAGAAUAUUAAUUCGAGAAUACCAGACUCACAAAAAAGAGGUUCUAAAUCUUGUUUAUAGAUUUCACAUUAGAUUCGAAAAAUCGGCUCUCAUUAGUUACUUCUGUUCCAGAAUAGCUCUUCGAUAUUAUCAACAACUAAAAACGACAAAAUCACCCGUUUGCGAUUUUCGUAAACGACUUUAUUAUUCAUGCUCAUUAUUAAUGGCUUAACCUCUGUUUCACUGUCGUAGUUCGCAGAUAGAUUUCAGCUAUACACUGCCCUUUCAGGAUUUAGAAUGUUUAACUAAAGAUAAACUAAGAAGAUCCGCCAGUUAGACACACUUUUAUGUUAGAAUAUUUUCGCGUAAUUUAUGGUGCUAAUGUACCGUCCUUUCAUCCGUGACCUCAAGAGAAAAACAAUGCUUACAUAUUACUGAAUUUGUCUACGGAACGUGUUUGCGUGAAACCUAAAAAUUAUAGGCCUAAUAUCUUUCAGUCAAUUCCAAACAGUGGCCUCUUGUUCCAGAUGUGCGUAGUAAAUGAUCGUUUAGGGGUUUAUUUCCAAGAGCAGCCACACCGAAACUGUCCUUGCUCGUGAAGAAUAUAAUGAAUACAAUAUUAAACAUCUACACACAAAAUAAAUACGGUUCCGACAAAUUUAAUGUGAUUGCGUUUCAUGAACCCGCAAUUGUUGCCACGUUGUUACAGGCCAAAAUAUAUUGCUUUUAUUUUCUUUUCUUUUCGGUAAGAAAUCUGAAAGAAGUGUACGAACAGGUGAACGCACUUAAAAUCACUUUUUUUGAGUCUAUCCCAACCAGUACACGCGGCAACUGACCUCAACCUUGUUUAAUCAACUAAUGCCUUGAGCAACUACUUUAAGCAAUCUUGCAUUUGAUCAUAGUUAAUUAACGUGGAAUGGUUGGGAAACCCUUUGUUAUAGGUUUUUGUUAGCUUUUUUGGACCUGACCGUACAAAACGUUCCAUAGCAUUCCUAUCAUUUUGAAGUUAUUAACCAAUAUAAACAUUUUAUUAAUUUAUUCAGUCAUAAUUUGUGAACAGAAAACAAAGGAUUGUGCACGGUCAGGGAGCUUCCAUCAUAACCCACAGCACCAUUGUUUUCAACUUUGAUGUUUGCCGGGUUUCUUGACCAGUCUCCUCUACUAACUAUGAUUUGAUUUAUAUAAUCAUUUGAAGUCAUCGAACCAAAUCAAAUUAUAUAUAUCAUUCAGUCAAUUCUACGAACUCCUAUAUUCCCUUAGCCUGAAUUUCAGACGAUUACUUCGAGUCGUUUUUUACUCCCUCAGUAACGUCUGAAACGUCUAAAUCGACCGGCCGUUUCCGGCGGUUAACGCACCCAGUGACGUCACUACUCCUUUGCUUUAAUUCAUGCAAAAAGUAAACGCGAUUUUCAACUGGCAAACAAAGAAAUAUCUUCUGGAAAUGCCUACAUGAUACAGAAUUGGUUUGCUCUUUUUGGUCGUAAUUUUGCUUUGAUUGAAAAGAAGCUAUUUGCUCCUUGACGAAGAAGAAAGAAACAAGAAAGAAAAGCUAACAGAAUCAUUACACUUAACGCUGGAAAUGACAAGAGGGUCGAAUUAUAACUUAAGUUUAAAUCGUAGAAAACUUCGCAUAAACAAAAUCACUUCCGGAAUCACACAAAGCGGCUCUAAAUGAGAAACCUACCGACUCUACGUAAUGAUUCUUCAUUCGUAGUUCAAAAAUUUCAUGACCAUUUCGCCAUCAUAGGCCGUUAGCGUUAAAGUUUUUCGUACGCGGUCCUAGUGGCAGAGCGUGGUCAAGGUUGCGAGAUGAGGAGUAUGGUAGCCCAGCUUUAUCACUUAAAUUUUUUCAGUGAAAACAAAAACACCUAUGUUAAAUUGAUUAUCAUUAUCGAUUUCUUUUCAAAUUGCACAAUUAAUUUAAAAUGCAUACUGAAAUCUCUAUUUCACUUUUAAUUUCACUUAUGUUUUCAAGGAGAAAUUAAUUUUCAAAGCCAAAUGCAAUCUUACAUAAAAUGUGUUUAUCAGUUUUAACUAAAAUUUUAAUUUCAAUUUUAAAUGUUUUAGAUCAGAAAAAAAAUAGAACAAAUAUAUACGAAACAACUACCGAUGUCAAAAAACAGAAAAAAAAAUUGAUUCGCACCGAAAGGACCAGCGUUAUCAUCCCACUCGGAAAGGACUGGGGCCAGGCCUUCUAUUUUUUCAAGAUGGCGGCAGUAUUGUGUCUUGAAUGUUAAAAUCGGUGGAUUGCGAAAGUUAUGGCCUCAAAGAAUCAAUGGAAGAAAGACGAUCAGGUGGAACAAGACUUAAAGACAUACAUUAGCCAAAAUUUAAAGAGAUCAGAAGUUCUCGAUUUCAUGCAGCGAGAUUUCCUCAAUACACAUGGAGUCUCCCAACCCUUGAUCGACGUCUUCGUCACUUUUUUACUUCGUUAUUUUUUUACACAAAUUACGACACUCCGCUUGCAGCAGUGUCAGAUGCGGUACAGAAAGAAUUGGAGGGACCGGGUCGGCUACUAUGCUACAGAGCAAUGAAUCAAAAGCUUAGAACAGAGCACACCGAAAUCCGGGGAAUUUUUGCUUUUGGAAUCCGGAAUCCCUGGCCUCGGAAUCCGGAAUACCGCUAGAGGAAUCCAGAAUCCCACUAAUAAUUGGAAUCCGGAAUCCAAGGUCCACUGAAAAAUAUCUGGAAUCCAGUACCUAGAAUUCGGAAUCCACGGAGUGGAAUCCAGAAUCCAAGACUGUUUUCGUGUGCGAUACCGUUUAAAAUGCUUCGAAUGUUAUAUAAAAACACUAAAAUCUACCCAUAUUUAUUUACAUACCGACUUCGACAUGUACUUAUCCUACUGAACUAAAGCCUCUCAAAAGAUAGAAAAAAAAAAACGUAUCAGGAUUAUGGCAAUUGAACCAAGUUAAAGUUGUAUAAUGUUUAAAUAGAUUUAUUUUAUGCAUGCAAAUAGAUUUAUCUCUCUCUCUUUCUUAUUUUUUCUUUUUUUUUUCUUCUGGAAGAUAUUAGCCUUUUAGGCUACCCUGAAAUUCGCGUAUAAAUAAAGUUCAUGUCAUGUCAUGUCAUGUCAUGAGAUUAUUCAGGAAGAUAGGAACAGUUUUUGAGUAUCUAAAAACACUGGCGGUGUUUGAAUUAAAGAUUUAUCUGACAGAAGUUUCUUGGAUGAAAGAAAUUCUGGGUAUUAAUAUCACCAUGACAAGCUACCAGCAUUUUUUGAUAACCUUUUUAAAAUUGAUGAAAGUAUCCAUAUAUAUCCCUAUAACACGGAAUCUGCAUCAAACAUAUAGUACAUAUCGAAUUAAGAAAAACAAUUCUGACAAAUAUUUGGAACAACUUCUCAGAAAUGUAACAAAAUCACGUAAGUUCGUAUAACAUGUUUAAAUAAUAACAAAGUGAAAGAGUAUCCACAAAGUUAUGUUUUUGGUUAUAGAUUUCUUCAGAAGGUUGAAUUUAUUAAUUAAGAAAACGUUUUUUUUUUAUAUCAGUAAGCUCAGCAGAGCUAGCUUUAUCUCCUGCGUAAUUAUUAUGUGAUAGGUUAUUAAUGUAUGACAAUUGACCACUCCAGAAAAUACCAUAACAUACCAUAAUACUUUUUGUUUGUCACCCCAUAAUUUGCAUAAGCUUUGUCUUCAGUUUCUCUUGGGAGUUAAAAUGGCCCCAAGAGAAACUGAAAACAAUGCUUAUGCAAUACUUUGGGCUAACAAACAAAGGCCAUUAUGGUAUGUUAUGGUGUUUUCUGGAGUGGUCAAUUAAAGGCACUUCUUCUUCUUCUGCUUAAUUUUACCUAGCGGUAUACUGCAAUUAACUGCAGCUGACAAAUCUUGCGUAUCUGACUAUUUUCCAGGUACCACUCGGAUGGAGCCGUUUUUGGUUCACACCAAAAUAUGACUGCUUUUCUGUUCAGUAUUUCAAUAUUAUACUUCUUCUUGUAGGAACAGAUUCUGAUGGGAUCAGAACUACCCAUCAACAACAGAAUAGACGGAGAAAGACCUAUUUUUCAUAAACUAUGGCGGAUCAGCACGGGUAAACAAGCUUUAAUUUUCUAACGCUCAUCUGUCCUAUAACCAUAACCUGAGACAUUAUUCUUAACGGCCUUUUUCUUUCUUUUCUCUCCAUUUCUUUCCCCCUUUUUCCUAUGAGUCUUCCUUUUUUGAAUGCUGGCAUUGUGGAAGGGGGUUGGGUCUAAUGACGUCUUUAUCUUCGAAAACGCGAAUUACCCCUAUAGAAAAGUCAAAACUGGUCUAUGAGUGUGUGUAAUCAAAUGGUGGCGAGUGAAAUUAUUGGAUGAGGCUGAAUAUAAUCUGAAGAACUGCUAUGUUGCACCACUCUACCAAAACAGCGCAACCUCGUUACCAGUGCUCAUAGGCGUACGGGCCGGGGGGGCGAGGGGGCUGCAGCAAAUUUUGGGCAACUCAGUUUUGGGGGGGCAACAAGAGAAAAUUUGGGCAAAGCCAGCUUUUAAAGACGUCUCCAUGUUUAUUUAAUUGUUUUGAAGACCUGAAUAUUAACCUGACGUCGGCGUAAUAAUCCAGUUAUAUUCACACGAGACGGUGGUUGCCUAGCAUGUGAUGAGUAAUUUACAUAUUUGUAGUUUUUUAUUGUUGGACACUGUACUGCACUGCACUAGCUGGAAAUGGGCUAUUUCCAGUCAUGAAUUGAUUAGAAUAAACUUUCGCAGAAUCAUCUCUACCCGAAGAACAGUAUAUGGCAGAUACCAUUAGCAAUGGGUCUGAAAAUGAAGAAGUGGUUAAUUCUCAGUUUGAAUUACGAGGAGAAUCUCCAUUCUUUAAAAAAAUCGAUCGUUCGGUUUAAAAUUAUUCGGCGCUAAUUUGUUAAAGUAGACCGAAAUGUUUACUCCUUCUUUCCAGCAAUCGGGCAUAGCUAUCUCCACAAUCUUUCAAACACGUUUUUAAAUAGAUUAAAACUACUAUGAGGUGAAAUUGCAUGUCAAAAGCUCUCCGUUUUCUACAGAUAACGGCCACACAUCAAGAUUUUCCUUUUCUUACCGUUAUUAACAGUAUUUCUAACGAUAAAAACUUCAUCCCAAAAUAUCUCGAUAACGCUCUUACGGAUUUUGCUUAAACUUCACGAACAUCGAGGAGACCGUAUUGGAGAAAAAAGCUCCUGUGAACGAUUUUCUAAGGUUCCCAGUGCCAAGAAUUAUUGCUGAACUAAAGUAGCUAAUAAUGUCCUUUCGUUGCUAUGACAACUCUGAUGUCAUUGCAACCCUGAUCAUGGCAAAUUCUCAUCUUAAUACAACUGCGGUGGCAAUAUUUCCAAAUUUUUUGUUUAUGGCGACGUAGUUUAUGCUUAAACUUGGUAUUGACCCUGAAAAACUGUAUCGAGCCACCUUCAUAUGCCAGUAAUGCCAGUACGGCCUAUGUUGUUGCAAUAUGGCCCUCGUUUCUUUUCGAAUCUUUGGAAACGAAUUUGGGCAACUGGUGAGAUUUUUUUGGGCAAAUGGUUUACCGCCCCCGGCAAAAAAUUUCCCGUACGCUUAUGCCAGUGCCUCCUGGUUUGCCGUCCGUUUUUUUUUUGGCAUGAAUGCUGUACUAUUGACGUCAUUUUCCAGAUAUUGCAUUCGACUUCCAAAUAAGGUCAACGCUAGCUGUAGCUGCUUAUGGAAUAUUAGCAGUGAAUGAAUGAUAGUAGAUAUUAAUCGAUAAUAAAAGGUUAUGUCUGUAGGUCCAAAAUUCGUCCCGGUUUAUCAGUAUGGCGCUAAGUUAAAGGAGCUGUGUCACGAAAUUUAUCAAAAAUACAAUCAGUGGGAACCGCCUACAAACUGACUGAAAGAAAAAAAUAACUGCUCAGUGCAAAAGAGGAAUGGAUGGACUAACUUCAAAAAGACUGAAACGGAUUGAAAUUGUGGUUCUUGAAAGUUCAUUUUUGUCGUAUGUAACGUUUUACAUAGCCAAUAAGGGCGCGCAACUGCCAUUAUUAACAAAAUGAACAAGACAACCAUGACACAACUUCUUUAAGUGUUUGUGAACUGCUGAGUCCUCGCAAGUGCGAACAAGCGAGGAAUUGAAAAAAUCACAAUUGGUAUCUGUAUCAGCUUCUUUAGGAUGGGGGGAGGGAAGAGAGAAGCGAAAAGGAGGACAGCGAGGACAUAGCUUAUACAAAGAAGCCGUAAAUUUGGCGAGAAAAAAAGAAUAAAGGUCAGAAGAUGUUAAGAUGACUAUGCAAGAAGUCACUAUUUAAAACCUUCCUCGGUUUAGUUCUUAAUUACUCUAUCCCGCCUCAGCUGAAUCUCAUAGAAGGUCAUCUCUCGCAACAAAUUAAGCUGAGUGCUACAGAGUUUGAAAGCAUCAAUUAUUCAUUUUCUGCUUCUUUUUUCUUUUUUUUUUGUUACCCUUAGAGCUGUAAGAGAUUUUUUCACAAAGUUGAAAUGAUUCCUUUAAGGAAGACGUCAUAAACAAGUUUAAUACUUAGGGUGCGUUCGAUUGGGAAAUCCGGAUUUAGAUUUUAAAAUCAGGAUUUGGGAUUUGCAAUCGAACGCGAAAUCCGAAAACGGAUUUCAACCCUGAGUUAUUUGUUUUUGGAUUUUCAUUUUUACCGUUCGAUUGGGAAAUCCACAAAAGGAUUUGAAAAACUGUUCUUAAGAACAGCGGUCUUGCACGCGCGCGCAUAAUUAGCAAAAAGAAGACUGCUGCUCACGAGAACAGUUUUGCAAAUCCUUUUUCGGAUUUCCCAAUCGAACGGUAAAAAGGAAAUCCAUGAUAUCCGGAUUUGGAUUUCCUAAUUGAAAUCCACCCUGAGGACGGAUUUCUCGGAGGUGAAAUCCGUUUUCGGAUUUCGUGUUCGAUUGGGAAAUCCGGAUUUAGAUUUUGAAAAUCUAAAUCCGGAUUUCCCGAUCGAACGCACCCUUAGUUUUUCAGUAACUCAUAAAUAUGGUGGAAUAAGCCAUACGUACUUUUCACAGCAGGACUCGUCAAACAAUCAUUCGUAUUAUAUGUAGGCGAUUCCUCUGCUGAAGCAUUCAGCACAUUUUGCUAUUUUCACUCAGUCUCUCAAAGUUGGUUUGCACGCACAAGUACAAGCAUAAGCAUAUGAAACUAAACUGGUUCCACGAAAAAAUAAGCACAAGAAAAGGAGCCUUUUAAGUUGUGGCAUUUUUGCUCAUACUUAUAUGGUAUUGUCUCGUCCCUUAUAAGGGAAUCUGGGUAAUUUUUGCGUUUGGAAUCCGGAAUCCUCUAAAUUUUUGCUUGAGGAAUUCGGAAUCCUGGGUUUGGAAUCCGGAGUACAUCUCUAGUAAUCCGGAAUCCCACUAAUGAUUGGAAUCCGGAAUCUAAGUUGCACUGGAAUCCAUUACCUGGAAUCUGAAAGGAAUCACUCGCAUGGAAUCCAGAAUCCAAGACUGUCGUGGGCUCCCCCAAAAUGGAGCGAUCUGUCUUUCCGUAAGCUUAGAUGUUUGCUUAAAAGCACUAGCAACAAAAACAGCGCUUGUAACGAAAACCUUUUCCUCCUUCCAUCGUCCUGCAAUUGCCUAAAAUUUGUCCUCACUAGCCUGCGUAUUUCAUCCGUUUUAUGUUUUGUACACGUGCAAACAUUCUUUUACUUGUGCUGCUGAACUCGGGGUACUUCCAUUGCAAUUAAAGAUCAUUAUAUUCCAGUUCGUAACAAACAAUGGCCAGCUCUAAGAUCUCCAUGUAAUGUAUUUAUUCAGACAACCCGCAAGUGGUACAGGCGAUAUAAGGAAAAGGAAAGUAUCCGAUGACAUAGACUCAACCGUAGCAGGUAAGUUUUGGUUACUUAUAGUUUUCAGAACCAAUUCAGAGUAAAUACCUGGAAGACAGUUCCAGCUGCCAAUACACCUUACCGUUCGAAGAAAUUCGAAUUUUGUCUGCAAGAAAAACAGGCAAUGACGCUAUUGCUAAAACAAUUUCUAUCUCAACGUAACACUGAUCACAACAAAGUUUCAUCUUCAUUUUACACAGCUGUCAGUGGUGGUUAUAGUUUUCCCAAGUCGUUGCUAAUGGCGAUGUAGUUAAUGCUCAAAAUUCAGUUCAGGGCUUAAAAAACAAGGCAUAUAACAAAUGUGUUGCGUUGGUAUACUUUUAUUAUUUAAUGAGAUGCAAAUAAGCAAGAGCUGCUUUUCUGUAAUACAGUAAAACUCCGCGACUAAUUCUGGAUUUUAAGCCUGUUACUACUGAAAUUUGCCAGUUAAGCCCCCUCUACAGAAGAACCUGUUUAGCCUAAAACUUUAAACAGGUUCUUAUUUUCUAAAAUCUAUGGAAAACUCUGUACAAUUGGGUAAAUAAGAUAAGCCAAAAUUGUUAUUGAUACAAUUGGAAAUUAAAUACAGUAUAUAAAUUAUAUGAGAAAUAAGAACCUAUGUAGUCUAGACUUGUGCCAACCACCAUGUAUAUAAGGACCUGUUUAGGAUAAAUUGGAAAAAUCGGCAGGUUCUUAGUCGCAGGGUUUCACUGUACCACAAAUUAGUGCAAACUUGGGAGGUAUUGCCCCUGAAAAUCCAGUCACUUUUAGUUUGUUAAAGUCAGUUACCAAUUUUCUUCUUUACACAGAAACAAAGUUCAGAAAAACUUCUAAAAACCCACCAAAAUUAGCUGAGGAUGUUACUGUGCUUAGAAAUAAGGAUCUUCCUGCAAAGGCCGAACGCUUGGACCUUGGCCAACUUCCAGUCGAUAUCUUGUUAUUGACUGUAAAGGACUGCGAGUUCAGAGCCUGCCUUUCUUUCAUGACGAGUUUUACAAAGAAGUACGAUGACGACCUUGGUUUGGUUUACAUCGGGAGUAUGUGCAAGUCAAGUGAUAAGAUGAAAAUCGCCGUUAUGAAGUGCAACAUGGGUUCGACUGGUCCCGGAUGUUCUGGAGGUGUUGUAAGGGACGCAGUCAAGGCUUUAACGCCCAAGGCGGUGUUUUGUGUGGGUUACUGUGGGGGCUUAAACCCAGACAAAGUCAAAUUAGGAGAUGUGGUUAUUUCCGGGAAAUUAAUCACAUACGCUCCUUCCAAAGUCACCGAGAAUGGCAUCGAGGAACUUGGCGAUCGCGGUCCCCCAAGCACAAAACUUGGAAAGUUAAUCCUGAAUGCAGCUGAUGGUUGGGAGGCACCGUUGCAGGAUCCAGCGGAGCUAGAAGUUGAAGUAAAGCGAGGUGCGUUACUCAGUGGACCACAAAUGGUUGAUAACAAUGAAUUACGUGAAGCACUUAUCAAGAGAUUCCCAAACGGAAUUGCUAUCGAGAUGGAAGGAGAAGGUAAAAUGAUUACACCUACAGUCUAGCAGGCAACUGCUUUAGCUAAGUUACACUGACCAUGAGGAGACUGAGAAGGAGAAAUGGAUAAAAGAAAGAGGAAGAGGCUCUUUCCCCAUUGCCUCACUUGUUCUGGAGAAAGUGAUGCCUGCGAAGGAGGCUAAGUCUAACAGAAAAACCAUUUCUCUCCAUUUUUGCAUGUUCCAGUUUGUAGGUAUAUAUAUAGAUAAUAGCAUGAUUUGUAGUGAUAUUUGGCACAAAUACCACUAGUGAUAUUCAGUUCGAAAUUGUUAUACAUAAUUUCACGAGCCGUUUGGCGAGUGAAAUUUGAGACAAUGAGUGGUAUUUAUACCAGAUAUCACGUACAAAUCAUGCUAUUAUUUGUUUAUACUACUACCCACAAAAGGUUUGUAAUUUUCACAUGUAGGUAUUUCAAAUUAGGCUGAAAUACCACUGCUCUAAGCUAGUCAAAUGUGUUAAGUUAUACAGUGGGAGCCUAGCAAUAUAAAGACCCUCUAUGUAAUGAAGUGCUCGGUAUGACGAACGAUUUUCCUUACCAUAGUAAUAGUAAAAUAUCAUAAAAAAAAUACCCUCGACGGAUAUAACGAAACUUAGUUAGAGUAAACAAAUUUUGCCAGUCCCCUCGGCCCUUCCAUAUAUCGAGGUUUCACUGUAGUUGAAACGGUUAUCCAACAGACUCAGAACCGGCAUUACUUGCGUUUUAAAGUUUGACAAACUGCUCUAGGAGUCAAAAAUUCAAUGGAACAGUCUAUGGAAUGGGUGUUUAUAUUUAGAAAUUUUAUGGUGAAAUUACUUUAAACUUCGCCAAUCAUUCUGUAAACUAACAACCCGUGUGAAGAUCAAAUCCGGGAGACAAACUCUUUAGUUUUUAGUACGGUGGAUUUAGAUGCCGAAAUCAGAACUUUCACUCAAAAGUGUUUCAAGUACAACUCAUUAUCUUCACUUUCAGGUGUUUACGGAGCAGCACAUGACCUGGGUGUUGAGUGGAUAAUUAUAAAAGGCGUGUCGGACUUCGCAGAUGGCACUAAGUCCGAGACAAAUUCAUGGAGACCCUUUGCGAGUUUAAUGGCUGCUUCCUUAGUUGCUUAUAUUCUCAAAAAUCCAAUUAUUUUUAAGGACUGGGGUCAUUAUAAUGAUGGAAAAUCAAGUCUUCUUUCCUCCUUAGGUGAGAUAAUUAUG